CUCCCGUGGCUUACUAUCCACCGCAAUAGAUUCCCUAUGCAGCAGACUUCCGCGAUCGAUGGAAUACAUCCACGUCGCUACGCUGACAAAAAUGACAGACCAACUACCCCAACAGCCUCCAGCUUAGGCAUCAGGUGAUGGCUGGAGGAAACGGAAAAGGCGGACCUCCGCCAGCCAUGAGCCCGCUCAUCACCACUCAAUUCACUCUCGCCGGAAUCUGGAAUCAAGACUCUUCCGCCAAACAGCAUUUUCAUCGAGUUUAAUUCACUCCCAUCGCAUCUGCACCAGCGAAAUCAAGCAUUGCCAGUUCCUGGAAAGGCGGAUGACUCCGGUAUCCAGCAUCAACGCUCUCGUCAGCCCAGCUUAUCUCUCAGGAACCAUUCUCGCAGAUCAUCCAGCUUCUUCGUCCACCUCACUCUUCAGCAUUGGCUGGCAGUCGCCUUGCCAUUGAUACGUGGAAGCACACUAGUCGUGCGAACGCUGCUUCAAAUCAAGGAACCUCUGAGCCAUAGUGGCCUUACAGCCAAGUGACAGCCACGAUCCAGCCUCCUACACACGCCCGAACGCCUGGAGCACCCAGACUGCAAGCCGCCAUCCCAUCUUUCCAGACAACGGCUGGAGACCGCCUCGACUCUUCACGACCCUUGCGGGGCGACCUGAACUGAUUCGGUGCAAUCUGGCUUCCACGCCGCGAUCGUCUUUUGACGUUCUUCUCUCGCCAGCAACAGCGCGACAGUUCAUAGCCGAGCCUCCCGCCGCUCGUCUGAGGCAACAGCAAGGCGAAGCAUCCACUCCACGUCAUCAAGUCAGGGAAACCCCUUCACAAAUAUCACCACAGAACGCCAACACCACUGCCAAGGAAAAGUGCAUCACUUGCACGAGCCUCGAGUCUCCGACGCUAAACCCUCCACAAUACUGCUCACCCGCGUGGCUGUCACCCGAUUUCAUAGCUUCUGCUCAAGGGCGAUACAGCUUGCUACUGGUCUCAAUCGAAGCCACAUAUCACAUCUGAAAACUCAAAGCGCAUCCAUCUCAUCAUCACAACCCUAACCAACUCAAGUAUGCUUUCCUGGAUCCAGAAACGCAGCGGGCUCAGCGUCCGCAAGAAGAAGUAUCAGCACUCCCGCUCCGAUAGUUCCGCAUCGGACUCGAGUACCUGCACGACUUCAUCAUGCGAAAGUCGGAGCACAAUCCGGACUACCGUUACAGCCGGCACGGAAUGGUCUGACCACGAAGACGAUUACAGCAACAGCAGCAAAAGUUCCUCCGCAGCAUGCCGUUGGGAUCUCAAGACUCGAGACUUGCCCUCUCGUACUCCAUCGUUCUCCUCCUUCAAGACGUCUGACUCUCUCUUGAGCUUCGAAUGCCUUGGCGAUGAAGCUAUCGCCGUGGCUCGAACAGCGACGAUCACGAAAUGUAACGCCCUAAAGACGGUUCGCAUCAUUGAGAAGCCCGCGCUUCGCAAAGCCAAGUCCGUCGCAUGCGUCAACGGUGGCAAUCAACAUGAGAUCCGACCUCUGCCCACGCCAGGCACUACACCGGAAGGAUGUCGACCACGUGCAGUCUAUCAAGAGCGACUCAACUCGUGGGAGCAAGCAGGACCAAGAGAUGGACUGUGUCCAAUUGGACCCUUUGCUCCUCAUCCUGCACAUACUUGCCAUUACCUCCAUCUCCCCUUGCCUCCUGUUGCAUCAGCAGGUCUCACCGCAGCAGAGUAGAUUGUCACAUGACGCAAUCUGAUCCAACAUCAAUGAUUUUGCAUGAUCGGCCAUGGCACACUAGACUAGACUGGAGACGAAUAUUUUCCUUUGUUUUGCAUUGACGGUAUACCCAGCACUGUGUGGAUUAAUGAGGGAGACGAACACCACGAGUCACGCGAGACACGCAUAACGAGGAAUGAUUGAUGGGAUAUAGGUUGGUAGUACCGUGUUGGAUUUCAGAUCAGAGAGCUUCUUACGACUCUCAUACGCAAAAGCAAUCGCGAGAG